CUUACAGCGCCGUAAGAAAAUGGGGUUAUUCGAUCGUUUAGCGAACCUCUUAGGUCUUAGGAAAAAAGAAGUAAACGUUUUAGUAGUGGGCCUUAACAACAGUGGUAAGUCGACGGUCAUAAAUAAUUUCAAACGCGAGGAUGACCGUUGCAUAAACAUAGUGCCCACUGUCGGGUUUAAUGUCGAAAAAUUCGCAUUUAAGAAUGUCAACUUCACCGCAUUCGAUAUGUCGGGCCACGAUCGUCACAGAUCAUUGUGGGAGCAUUAUUACAAAGAUUGCCACGGGAUCAUCUUCAUAAUCGACAGCAGCGAUAAACUGCGACUGGUUGUCGUGAAGGAAGAGCUGGACAUGCUCCUGCAGCAUCCCGACGUGGCAGGACGCAAGAUCCCCAUUCUCUUCCUGGCGAACAAGAUGGACCUGCCAGAUUCCUUGACCACCGUGAAACUGGUCGCCGGGCUGGGACUCGAGCGGAUACAGAACAAGCCCUGGCACAUACGGGCGACGAAUGCGUUAACCAGCGAGGGCCUGCAGCCGGCGAUCGAGUGGUUGACAGAUCAAAUUCGCGAUAUAUUUAUCAAUAAGAGAUAAACCCCGUCGUUGCACAAUGAGACGCGACGUUUCCUGGCAAAGUCCCCGUCGCGUUGUCAGAUCGAACUUAUCGAUGUCUAUAGCAUAAUUUAUGCGUCAAUUACACCGGUGUUUCUCAUGUGGCGUUUCCCCGAGAUGCGAUUCCACCCCGCGAAGGCAAAAUUUCGACGUAAAAUUGUCAUUGCGAGAAGACUUAUUGCGAAACGGCCUAUAAUUCGGCCUGUAAUAGCUUCACGCGGGAUCUGCGUAAUUAGCGCAAAGGAGCGAUCGGGAGUUUUACGAUUUCUAGUCGAAUUACAAGAAUCUCGUGACGAGGUUCAAUUAGGAAACACCAUCACGAGCUCAAUACAAUUCCGUCCAGAAAAAUAUAUGCGUAGAGAAGCAUGUGUGUACGUAAUGGCUGACACAAUGUAAUUGGGAUGCAGCCGCGAUGAUUUAAUUCCAACUUCGAAAUAUUAGUUUCAUAAUUAGCGAGCUUUGCAAAAAUACGUUAUUUUAUUGUAAUAUUUAAAAUAAAUGCCGAUCGGAGAAUCAUUGCA